AUCCAUGUGCCAGUAUCGAUAUAUGAGCAACGUGAUCUCAUUUAGAUUAGGGAAUGGAAGUCAAAACACAAUGCCAGGCAUGAGUCCCAGAAAGUGGCUGUUAGUUGUGUGUCCGGCUGUUCUCUUCGCCAUUUCAUCCAGGCAACAUGGUGUUACAGGGCAAUCCGUCAGAGACUGUGUUCCACUGGCUGUCCCUAACUUUACGUCACCAAAGUGUGACUCAUGUCGCUGGCACCAGGUGGCGUACGAAGCAGUGACGGGGGAGAGCCUCACAUUAAACUGCUCUGUCAAUGUCACGGGACCGUAUUUAAAGAUGUGUCUCUCAAGACCCGGGGCGGACCAUCCCCCUCCAGUGUGCAGGGAAUGCGAUUCUUCUAUAGGAACGCUGUGCACUGUUAAUACAAGCGUUGUUAACAUUAACAGCAGUAUACAGUGGACAUGUGCUGUCUUGAUGAUGAUGGCGCCGCCAGGUUGCACCACUGAACGGGCUAACAAGCUGAAUAUCACUGUUAAAGCAAGGGCACCGUUGACCGCAACCGAUGGCAACUCACCGCAUAAUGUCUCGGUACACGUUGGGGACAAGGUGAUGUUUAACUGUACUGCGUCUGGAUACCCGUCUCCAACCGUAUGCUGGAGACAUGGCAACCGCACUCUACUCAACUCAACAGCGAAACAUAUUAUAUUUCCAAAUGGAACGCUACAGUUAAAAAACGUGAACGCGAGUGAUGCAGGGGACUAUGUAUGCGAGUGGUCAAACAGACUGGAGACUAACACAUGGACGGCAAGUCUGACCGUAACGGACAGCUCUAAUUCCACCCCACCGCCAUCCACAGCGGAGUAUAUAUUCGGAGGCUCCGUCCUUGGUGUGAUGCUGAUCGCUUUAGUUGGCUUUAUCAUAUAUCGUGUCGCUCAUAACAAAACUGUUGGCAACGGCUACACCCAAAUAGACGACUCAACGCCACAUUAUUAUCAGCGACAAACUCCAACAGUUGCCCCCGGGCAGGCCGUUCAAGAAGGGAGUUCAAAUAAUAACAAUAGCAGCAUUCUCCACGACGGCUAUCAGGGAAGUUGGAACGACACUGACAAUGGCAGCGAGAGAGCUUACCGGUCUAUGUCAGCAGACGACCCGCGGGGUGGCAUUUUAACACCAUCAUUCCAAAAUGAAGAAGAAGAACCGUGGCUAUCAUCCUUAUAUGUGACAAGUUCAUCAAGGGUAGAGUCAGAUCGAUAAACAUUUCGUUCCAGUUCAAACUGAGAUCUGGACAUACGCUAGUAUUAUCUUUUCAGGUUAGAUGGAUUAUAAUUACCAAUUCAAGAAGACAAGUCUUGUUCAACUACUGUUCACGUAUAGUUCAAUCGGUGACAUAUCUUUCAAAUAGGCCUUAUUAGGGCUCAGAUAUAAAUGAAAAUCACGUCCCUCCUUUUCGAGAAUGAUGAAAAGCAGCACAACAAAUGACAUGUUGUGCCACUGUAUUCACUGAGAUUGUCCACAUUUCUCCUGC